UGAGUUAGAAACCUCAUGACUGAUGUGGAUGUGAGAUGGGGAUGUCUGUGGCCUCUGGGGACUCCAGGACCCACUGCUGGCCCUGUGCUGGAACCUCCUGCAGGGAUUUGCAGGGCUGAAGACAAAAUUUGCCACAGAGGCACUGAUUCAAAUCAGCUCAUUACAGGCCAGCACUCCAGAAGUCUGAGGGAUGCUUGUGCAGCUGACUCCGGAGUCUUGUUCCAACACUUGGUACAUUUUGAAGAAUCCUGGAAGCAAUGUACAAGGCAAGAACUUUUGAAGUGGAAUGGAUGGGGAUAUAAUGACUCCAAAUUCAUCUUCAAUAAGAAGGGUCAAGCAGAAUUCACAGGAAAAAGGUACAGAUUAGGUGGUAUGGUAUUACCAACUUUUAAGGAAUGGAUAGAAAAAACGUUUGGAGCAAGUCUGGAGCACAAAACUACCUCUAGAACAUCCUUAAAUGUUAAUGACGUACCUCCAUCUGUUGUAAAUGAAGAAUUUCUUCAGGAUCUUAGAGCCACUAAAAUCUCAUAUUCCCAGGAUGCAGAAGAUAGGGUAUUCAGAGCUCAUGGUCACUGCCUACAUGAGAUAUUUGUACUCAGGGAAGGAAUGUUUAAACGAAUUCCUGAUAUAGUUGUAUGGCCUGUUUGCCAUGAAGACGUAGUUAAAAUUGUGGAAUUAGCCUGCAAACACAAUCUCUGCAUAAUACCCUUUGGUGGAGGGACAAGUGUCUCUAGUGCCCUUGAAUGUCCUGAAGAAGAAAAAAGAACAAUUGUCUCCCUGGAUACAUCACAAAUGAAUCGGAUUCUCUGGAUAGAUGAAAAAAACUUAACAGCUUGUGUAGAAGCUGGCAUUGUUGGACAAGAUCUGGAAAAACAGCUUGCUGAAAGUGGCUUCUGUACAGGCCAUGAACCAGACUCAAUGGAAUUCAGUUCACUAGGAGGAUGGGUAGCAACACGAGCAUCUGGCAUGAAAAAAAACAUCUAUGGAAACAUUGAAGAUCUGGUGAUUCAUAUAAAAAUGGUAACUCCUAGAGGAAUAGUAGAAAAAAACUGUCAAGUACCUCGCAUGUCAACAGGACCUGAUAUCCAUCACUUCAUUAUGGGAUCUGAAGGAACUCUUGGAGUGGUUACUGAAGUUACAAUAAAGAUUCGCCCAGUCCCUGAAUACCAGAAGUACGGCUCUGUGGUCUUCCCCAACUUUGAGCGAGGGGUGGCCUGCUUGAGGGAAGUGGCAAAGCAGAGAUGUGCUCCUGCAUCAAUUCGCCUUGUCGACAAUGCACAGUUUCAGUUUGGUCAUGCUCUUAAACCACAAGUUGCUUCCAUUUUUACAUCGUUUUUGGAUGGACUGAAAAAGUUCUACAUCACAAAGUUUAAAGGAUUUGAUCCCAACAUACUGUGUGUAGCUACCUUGCUCUUUGAGGGUGACAGAGAGAAGGUUCUUCAGCACGAGAAGCAAGUCUAUGAUAUUGCCACCAAGUUUGGUGGCUUGGCAGCAGGAGAAGAUAAUGGACAGAGAGGAUACAUGCUGACAUUUGUCAUUGCUUACCUUCGGGAUCUAGGCCUGGAUUAUUACGUAAUAGGAGAAUCAUUUGAGACAUCUGUUCCUUGGGAUAGGGUUUUGGACCUUUGUAGAAAUGUAAAGGAAAGGAUAGUACGAGAGUGCAAAGAAAAGGGUGUUCAGUUUGCUCCUCUUUCCACCUGUAGGGUGACACAGACUUACGACGCAGGUGCAUGCGUCUACUUCUACUUUGCCUUUAACUACAGAGGAAUUAGUGAUCCUAUUCAUGUCUAUGAACAAAUUGAGAGGGCUGCUAGAGAAGAAAUACUUGCCAAUGGAGGAAGUCUUUCACAUCACCAUGGAGUAGGCAAAUUGCGGAAGCGCUGGAUGAAGGAGAGCAUCUCUGAUGUUGGCUUGGGAAUGCUGAGAUCUGUUAAAGAAUAUGUGGACCCCAAUAACAUCUUUGGAAACAAAAAUCUUUUAUAAAGCCCUGCACAAAUGAUGUACUAAAAAUUAAAAAUUACUGUUGAAAUUCCUCCAAUUUAAUUGUAUUGAUAUCCCAGUAAUCAAAUAUAACAUAGACUAAACUUUAAAAACUAGUAACUUACAUUGAUUUUUGCUAUUCCCUUCCCCCUCCCCCCAAUAAAGUGUAAACAUCACUGUUAAUGUUUAUGGACUUUUACUUAACAAUAUUCCAACCUACUGGGCAGAAAGUACCAACCAGAAAAUGCAAAUUUGGGUUUCCAAGUUGGGCUAGGCAGCACAGCUGAGAGUAUUUUCACUGCUGGAUACUGCCAGAUGUUUCUUACUUAAAGCAUCCCCUGCAAGGAGGACAAUGACUGACAGCCGUGUUUUCUACAGAAGCAGCUGCACAGCCCAGCCUCCUGCUAAAGGAAAGCUGCUAAGAGACAGAUGAGAGAACACCAAGGAGUACCUCCCUGUACUGGAUUAAGUAUGUAACAGACUUGUAACCAGCAAAUACUUUUAAGAGUACAAAUGUAGGCUUUCAGCAAAAGAGACAGUGUAAGUCAAACUACUAAAAAUUCAGUAGUCUCUCACUGUAGUACUACUGGAAAAUCUUACACAAUUGAGUUGUAUUUGCAUUGCUGGGAUAAUCUUAAAUUAAUUAUAGGUCAGCCACUAAGUUUUGUACAACGGACAUUUCUCACUGUAAGUUGAAAACAGGUUUGUAACAAAAUUUUGUGUUCAUCUGUACUUCAGUCCUAGUGCGUAUGGGUUUUGUUCCUGUUGUGUUUGUUUUGCACAGAUGCAAAAUAUCUUUUUCAGUUACUCAAAUGAAACUGCCCAGCACUGUCUUUUGAAACAGUCACAACAGUUUAAUAAAAUACUUAAAUGGA